AAAGUCUACAGGUAUACCCAAAUUGUUAUACACGUGCAAAAUUGCACCCUCGUAGCACUUACGAUAAUUGAGCUUUGAGGUAACUGACCGAUAGGGCCUGUACUGUGUCGUGUCAGAGCAUAAGGGUCCUACUUAAAAGUACAAGUGGUCAAGAGACCUUCAUGGGGAUUUAACCCUGCGCCUGACCCAGCCCAAAGCUUCUGGGCUGGGGAAGGCUCGGUGCAAUUUUCGCAUAAUUCAUAGGCUUUAGCACUCUGAAUUAAAGGGGUUUUGAAAAAUGGUGCUCGCGGAGCUAGGAACCCGCAUAUCCAAGGCCAUCUCGUCGAUGGGCCAGGCGAUGAUCAUCGACGAGAAGGUCUUGGAUACAGUACUCAAGGAGAUCUGCACAGCCUUGCUUCAAGCGGACGUUAACGUUAAGCAGGUUGCAAACCUACGCAACGGAGUUAAGAAACGGGUGAACAUAGCUGAGCUGGCGGCCGGUCUUAACAAGCAGCGUGUUAUUGAGAAGGCGGUUUUUGAUGAGCUCUGCGAUAUGCUGGACAGCGGGGUUGACCCGAAGAAGUUGGAGCUGAAGAAGGAGAAGGGCAAGCAGCACACGGUUAUGUUUGUGGGUCUGCAAGGCAGCGGUAAGACCACCACCUGCACGAAGUACGCGUAUUUCUACAAGAAAAAAGGCUGGAAGCCUGCGCUGGUAUGCGCGGAUACGUACCGUGCCGGUGCGUUCGACCAGCUAAAGCAGAACGCCACGAAGGCGCAGAUCCCCUUCUACGGCAGCUACAAGGAGACGGACCCGGCGGCGAUCGCGCAACAGGGUGUGCUGCGUUUUAAGGAGGAUGGCCGGGACCUGAUCAUCGUCGACACUAGCGGCAGGCACAAGCAGGAAGCUGCCCUGUUUGAGGAAAUGAAGCAGGUAGCGGCGGCGGUCUCGCCGGAUCUCAUUAUUUUCGUGAUGGACGGCAGCAUUGGGCAGGCGGCGUUCGACCAGGCGAAAGCCUUCAAGGAAGCCGUCGAAGUUGGGGCCGUCAUCAUUACCAAGCUUGACGGUCACGCCAAGGGUGGUGGUGCGCUAAGCGCUGUGGCGGCAACCAAGUCUCCAAUCAUUUUCCUUGGCACGGGCGAACAUAUGGAUCAGUUCGAGUCGUUCGAGACCAAGCGUUUCGUGCAGCGGUUGCUCGGCAAGGGUGAUGUUAGCGGGUUAAUGGACAAGAUCCAGGACGUCAUUCCUGAGGAUAAGCAGCCGGAGCUGCUGGACACGAUCUCCAAAGGAAACGUCACGAUGAGUGUAUUGAAGGACAUGUUCGAGAGCGUGCUGGAGCUAGGCCCCAUGAGCCAGAUGAUGUCGAUGCUGCCAGGCUUUAACAGUGACCUGCUGCCUAAGGGUAACGACAAACAGAGCCAGAUGAUGAUCCGCCGCUAUAUCACAAUUAUCGAGUCCAUGACGGACAAGGAGAUGAACACAACCAAUAUUAAGAUCCUCCAGGAGCCAUCGCGGGUUAACCGCCUCGCACGCGGGUCGGGGUCGACGCCGCAGCAGGUACUCGCGCUGUUGGAGUCGUACAAGCACUACUCCAAAUACGCCACGCAGGCCCUCAAGGCGGCGAAUCUCCCGAAGAACCUGAAGUCCAUGAAGGGCGACGUUCAAAUGAAUCCGCGUCAGAUGCAGCAAGCUCUGGGCAAGAUGAGCCGUGCCUUGCCGCCGCAAUUGCUUCAGCAGCUUGGCGGCGUGGGUGGCCUGCAAUCGCUGAUGAAGGGGCUGGAUGGGAAAAUGGGCGGACUUGGAGGCUUGGGCAAGUGAAUGUUAUUGACCACUGGGCUGUCGGGUCUCGAAACGUUGCAGUUACUUGAUGGUUCUUGUUCAGUGUAUCAGUGUAUGACCAGACAAUUUGUGCUAUUACACAAGUUGAGGGAUAUCAUCCUCGCAGUGUUUUCCGUGUCGAUCUGGCUUUGUUUUUCGUUGGUGUGCUUGUGUUCCUGGUCAAGAUGUGGUCUGAUCAGUCGUAAAUUGUAAUGUGUGGAGUUGCGAAGUGGAGUUGAGCUGUGCAUUUCCAGUGCCACUUCUACAUGUCCUUGUCUCUGGGCCAGUUUGGCAAAAGGCCUCGGGGAGUUUCUUAAGGCGAAGUUACAACCAUUGUGGCAAAGAUCGGGUCAACAGUUUAAUUUGGCUUGUAC